AUGUCCUCCCCACAAGCUAGUGUCUCCGUCCGUAGCACGACCGCUAGCGGCUCGUCCGUCUACGAGUCAGCGCGCGCUGUGCACGAGUAUAUCCAGUUCCACUACGAGGAACCGUCGACGGUGGUGCCUUACAGUUUCGCGCCUCUGGACGCACUGCAAUUUCUUCCACGAACGGUAGAGCGUUGUGCCAAGCUGACACCUUCUGCUCAGCAUUGCCGAGCGCUGGAUAUCGGAUGUGCGGUGGGUCGUGCCACUUUCGAGCUCAGCAAGUACUAUGACGAGGCCGUGGGCAUCGAUUUCUCGCAACACUUUGUCGAUGCUGCCAAGCAGAUGAAGGAGAAGGGUGCAAUGGAGUACGAGGCGCACAUCCAAGGAGACAUCCACGAGGUUCGUCGUGCGAAGCUUCCCCAAGGUGCUAAGCCGCCCAAUGUCGUGUUCCUACAGGGGGAUGCGUGCAACCUUUCCCCGACGCUAGGCAAGUUCGACGCAGUGUUUGCUAGCAACCUGCUGUGUCGCCUGCCCGAGCCCAAGAAAUUCCUGAUGGAGAUUGGAGGGUUCAUCAACCCCGGCGGUAUUCUCGCACUCGUGAGCCCGUACUCGUGGUUGGAGGAGUACACGGCCAAGGACAAGUGGAUUGGCGGUGUGCGUGACGCUGAGGGCAAGCCUGUGGAUAGCUUCAGUGUCAUCGAGAAGGUUCUUUUGAAAGAUUUCGAGCUGAUCGAGCGCCAAGACUACCCUUUCAUGAUUCGCGAGCAUGAGCGCAAGUACCAAUGGGGCGUGUCCGAUGGCACCUAUUGGAAGCGCAAGUAA